CUUUGGUUCAACGGAGAAUGGCAUAUCGUUACAACCAAUUUGGAACUUAUAAAGGAUUUAAUGGCGAAAACAGAUUUGUAUCCUAAAUCAUCGCUCGAAGAAUCAAGUCCUGGAUCUUUAGCGACUCAAUACUAUGGUACAAACUUAGUUUGGAAACGCCAUCGCCGUAUUACAAACCCUGCUUUUAAAAGUCUACCCAUGCACGUGUUUGAUGACUCUGCUGUGAAAUUGCUGAAAGUCAUCGAAAAAGUUGAUAAUGAGCCCAUAGAAGUCAAUGGUCUUAUGCAUAGGCUGACUUUAGACGUUCUUGGACGAGCUGCUUUUGGAUUUGAUUUUAAUAAUCUUGAAGAUCCAACAAACAUUUAUGUUACUACUUAUCAUGAA